CUGAGUUUGCAGUUGAGUGCGCCAGGGCAGCACGGCUGUAUUAUAUAACUUUAAUGUACUCACGGGUUUAAUGGCGCAAGAGCGGAACAUUGCGCCGCAGAUCUGUCGAUUCUCUGCGGAUUUAUCCUGAGAUUGCGAACGAUCGAUCACUUUUUUUUGUUGUUGUUGAUGUUUUUCUCUUCUCGCCGUGGACGUGCAUUAAAAGUUAUCGGCAGAUCUGCGAAACGUCGCACACGGUGGAUCUCGCCAGCCCCAGCUAGGUCAGCGGCGCCGUUGAUUUGAGUGAGAAAUAUUCCCGAGAAUGUUUUCCAGCCACAUGGAAAGAGGCGCAGAUCCGACUGAUAUGUCAACGCACAACAUUGCUGCCAGGAGGGGGGUUUAUUUCAGCCCUUGAUCGUGUGGACAUUGCGUUAUUUCUCAUAUUUUUUGCCCCCUCUCCAUGUUGGACUGACGGGAGAUGACCUAAUCGGUGGAGUGCGUCCCUUUUUUCACUACAGGAUAAAGAAAUGGAUCAGGGUGGACUGAAGCGCAAUGGUAAUCGAGACGACAGCCUGACAUUUGGGGAGAUAGGAGCUGAAGUAGUGAGAGAUUCAAGUGACACACCUGGUUCACUGCUCCAGUCUACGAUGCGUCUGCCUGGCCCUGGGUUUCUGCCCCAGCCCACAGUGGCCCCGAAUGGACGGGUUGGAACCAAAGACCAAGGGGAGCUUGGAGGACUCUUUGAGUCCCCUCAGCAUCAUGUCCUGUGCGAGGGGUCAGAUGUGAAGGAGAGCAAAAUGAUCAGGAUGCAGAAACCGCAACAACAGGAUAUUGGUAUAUUUAGCGUGGGGGAUAGCUUGUCGCUGUUGAACCAGAGUAUAUCAGAUCUUGACCGGACGUCCACCUCUGUCAUCAACACUUUAAACACCUCUGUCAUGGACAACCUCCCUCUGCCUGACCUUUUUUCCCAGCACAUCAAGCAGGAGGGGAUUUUUUCUCUGGACAAGGACAUGGGAACUUUUAGUGGACACACAGGCACUGGUCAAUGUGAUUUGGAUGGCAACAGCAGUCGCCUAAUGGAGGAUACCGAAAUUUGGCAAAACCUGGACCUUCCUAGCUCGCCGCCAGAAAUCAGUGCUUUCGAGUUGGUUCCAGAAGUGGAACACUUGGAUGACCUCCUACACGAGAGUGGCGGCGGCGGUCCUGUCGGCGGCUUGCUAAAGCAAGCAAAGUCUCUUGUGGGUAACGGAGAAAACUGUACCAGUGUGAACGGCACAGAGCAGCAUCACCAUCCCAUGCAAUACCAUCAUCCGCACCAGCAGCAACAGCACCACCACCUAGUACAGCACCAGCAACAUCAGCUACACCAUCAGCAGCAGCAGCAGCCUCCAGCACUCCUCUCCAGUGUCAUCAUCAAGGAGGAAAAGGAUCCCGACGACUCUUUCAUCCACAUCCGCACCCCUGGUGUGGUCAAACAGGAGAAGCAGGACAGUGCUGGUUUCUGCCAGUCGCAGUGUCUCCAGAAUAGCAUGAGCUCCCUCCACGGUGGAGGAGGAGGGCCCAUGUCCUCUUCUAUGGGCACUGGUGCAGGCCCUAGCUGCCACUACACAGCCAAUCCGCCUUCCACAGUGGGCCUACAAGACCAGAAGCCUUUUGGCAUGUAUUCAGACCUGUCUCUGUUGCCGGAGAGCUGGAUCAGGGGGAAACGGUAUGGAGAGCCAUCCGGGAUACAGAGCACUGAUGAUAGGCUCCCCUCUGCUGCUUCUUUUGGGUCUUUUUCUGUCAACAUCUCCAGCAGAACAGGAGAAAGCAGCAGCUCUGCGGUGGCGGGACAAUCCAAGCCAGGCGGUCAGACCCACAAGAUCUGUUUGGUGUGUUCGGACGAGGCCUCGGGAUGCCACUACGGGGUUGUCACCUGCGGCAGCUGCAAGGUGUUUUUCAAGAGGGCCGUUGAAGGAUGGAGAGCACGACAAAACACAGAUGGCCAGCACAACUACCUGUGCGCAGGGAGGAAUGACUGCAUCAUUGAUAAGAUCCGCAGGAAGAACUGUCCAGCCUGCCGCUUCAGAAAAUGUCUUCAAGCCGGAAUGAACUUGGAAGCGAGGAAAAACAAGAAGAUGAUCAAGAUGAAAGUGCCACGGCCCCCUGGGCCAGCAGAGCCCCUUCCCAACAUGCCUGUUCCAGUCAUACCCAGGUGCAUGCCCCAACUUGUGCCCACAAUGCUGUCUGUGCUCAAGGCCAUCGAACCAGAGAUCAUCUACUCAGGCUAUGACGGCACACUGCCGGACACUUCCUCACGGCUCAUGACCACCCUCAACAGGCUGGGGGGUCAGCAGGUCAUCUCUGCAGUCAAGUGGGCCAAGUCAUUGCCAGGCUUCCGCAACCUGCACCUUGAUGACCAGAUGACAUUGCUGCAGUGCUCCUGGCUCUUCCUCAUGUCUUUCAGUCUCGGUUGGAGGUCAUACGAGCAGUGCAACGGUAGCAUGCUCUGCUUCGCACCCGAUCUCGUCAUCAACAAAGAGCGCAUGAAGCUGCCCUUUAUGACCGACCAGUGCGAGCAGAUGCUGAAGAUCUGCAAUGAGUUUGUCAGACUGCAGGUGUCUUAUGAUGAGUACCUGUGCAUGAAGGUGCUGUUGCUGCUCAGUACAGUACCGAAAGACGGCCUGAAGAGCCAGGCAGUUUUUGAUGAGAUCCGGAUGACAUAUAUAAAGGAGCUGGGGAAAGCUAUCGUCAAGAGAGAGGAGAAUGCAAGUCAGAACUGGCAGCGUUUCUACCAGCUAACUAAGCUACUGGACUCCAUGCAAGAGAUGGUCGAGGGCCUUCUACAGAUCUGCUUCUACACCUUUGUGAAUAAAACCCUCAGUGUGGAAUUCCCAGAGAUGCUGGCAGAGAUCAUCACCAACCAGAUACCAAAAUUCAAAGAUGGGAGCGUCAAGCCUCUGCUGUUUCAUCAGAAAUGACUGCCUUAAACUGUGAAUCAAUGCCUUAAAAAUCCUGCCCUGCACCUGUACCUCUCUGGGGCCCCAAGCAUUUGCUUAUCCUGCCUCUCCCUCAUCGCUCUGGUUCAAUUCCUCGUUUUUCCUAGGACCCCUCUAGGAAUUCUGCCACACCCCUCCUUCCCCUCAGGCCUCAGCCAUUCAGCCUAAUCUCGGAGCACAACACCUGUGGCCUCUAUCCCCUAUUCCAGUCCUAGGUUUGCAGAACUUCAGUAGGAAAUCCUACUGCCAACUUGUAGCCCUUCCUCUUGGCUCGCCAAGAAGGAUUUGGCCUCUGAAUGUCUCUUGAGCAGGAUGCAUUUUAGGUACUUUUUCCAGGACCCUUACCUUCUCCUUCCUCCACCCAUGGCCCUAUCCUCAGAUUUCUAAUGCUUUCUUAUGACGGCCAUCUGCCUCUUACUCUCUCCUGUCUCCAGAGUUUAACUGCAGUUUUUACUGAGAAGCCAACAAACAGCUUUUCCCCUCAUCAACAUGACACCUAAUAUGCUUUAGAACUUGCCAGGAUUACCGGUUCAAGCCUAGAGUUCCUCUGCUCACCUGCCUAGCUUCUCUCCGUUUGCUGCCUCCCAGCUUCACUGCGCAGAGAAUGUUCACUUUUUGGGGUUUCCAGAAGAUUGUCGGUGAUGACGAGGAUAAAGAAAAACACACAAAAAUAUUGCAAACAUACAGGAAAGAACCUUAUUUUUCUUCUGGACCCAAGGACAGAACUGAACUGUUUGCAGUUGUGAAUCAGCUAUUGCUUUGGAAAUUACUAGAAUCUGAUUUAUAUACCAGUGGAAGAAAAAAAAAAAAAACAACUACAAAACAAACAAAAAAAAAAAUUCUCCAGUUAUGUUAUGCAGACACACCUUUCUGACCACACAAGCAGAAGUCACACUUGUACACACACACAUUCACACACACACACACACACACACACACACACACACACACACACACACACACACACACACAUUCACACACACACACACACACACACACACACACACACACACACACACACACACACACACACAAAGUAUAAGCAGACAAACUUUCGCUCAGCCAAAUGUUUACACAGGAUGUAUCUGAGGGAAAACCAGUGCCUUUUAGUUUUCAAGCUUUUCAUAGCCAUCCUCUCAAAACCUUUGUAUUUGCAUAACAAUCUAAUGUUGACAACCUUCUACAUAUUUUAGCUGUUUUAGUUUUUCCACGCUGGCAAUUUCUGUUUUCUUUCCAAGCUGCCAUUUUUGGUGUUUUUAAUGUGGGAAGCUCUCUCUCUCUCUGUUCCAAUUUCCAGAUGUGCAUGUUAGGAAGACAGCCUAUGGUACAGAUUAGAAAGUAUGAGAGCAGCAUGAAAUGUACAAAAUCUUAUUAGUUUAUUAUUAUUAUUAUAAGUCUUGAAAAGUUUGAUAAUCCACUGAAAAAACAAACAAAAAAUAGAAAAUUAUGAGAAAAAGUCCCAAAACACAUUUUGUGUGUUGCUCUUUUAACCAAGUAUAUUUGAUAUAUAUACUGUAUCUGCUAAUCAGUAUUAAAUUACAUUUAAAGUUACAGUACCCAGAUUGUAUCGAUAAAUGUAAUGAAUACACAUGCAAAUCCUUUUUCUUGAACAUGCUUCUAGAAGCUGCGACCAGCUUUGUGCUGAAUGGAUACCACUGGAAUUGAAACACAUAUCUGAUGUUUUGGAUUAUUUGGAGUUUGAUUGAAUUAAACAUUGGAUUUAAAUCAUAGGAAAAACCAGCGAUUGUGAAAUCUGAUAAUUGGAAUGAUGAAUGUUUACGAACUUUAGUGAUUUAUUCCGAUGCAAAUGCACAAAUGGGUUUUUUUUUUUUUUUUAUCAAUCACAUUUGAAAAACACAUCCAAGGUGUCAGAAGAAAAAUAGCCAUAAUGAUUCAAGUAAACUGUUCUUUCACUGCCAGCUGCAUUCAUACUGAUGUUAAAGUUUAGGAAAUGGUUUCAUGCAAAUAUUUUUAAAAUGUGAUUUCAUGGAGCUACACUUGGAGUGACUUACCAAGCCAGAUUCCUUGUCCUCACCUCAGAAAUGACAUAAAGGCCACACAUGAAUGGAAAUAAUUUGUUGUUUUGCAUUGGAACCUAACAGGAGUACUGGGAUUAAGAAUGGUUAGGUUUGUAGAUCAGGAAUCAUGACCACAAAAAGUAUUUGGAGGUUGAACUGAUUCAGUCUGCAAUCUUCAGACACAAUCAAUCUAACCAUGUGCUCUUGAUAGGAAAACCAAAGGCAUAGGAAAAAAAGUAUUGCUUCACUCAAAAUACCAUUUUAGUUGGAAUAUACCCUUUAAUGAGUUUCACCUCUGCUUGCACAAACAGGAUCAUUAAAGGUGGAGUCUGCGAUUUUAAACCAAUAUACGCGUUCCGUUUCUAGGCUAAAAAAGGAAACUGGUGUUUGGUCACAGCUUUGGCUCUGUAAAUGAGAAAGAAAGUGGCUUGAAACGAUCCACACAAUGAUAUCUGAGCAUGUCUUGUCCAUGUUUGUGUACAAGAGAGGUGGGAAAAGUGGGAAGUGGGAAUAAGACGGACAGUAAAUCUAGUACAUGCUAAUAGGCAAAAUAUCAACAAUCUUUCUCCAGAAUCGCAGACUCCGCCUUUAAGUUGAUGAGCUCAACAUGGCUAAAAAAGAUACAGAAAAUAUAUAAAUAUACAGUAUAUAUUUGUUUUCUAUGUUAAAUGUGAAAAUAGAUCCAUACUUGAUGGAACCUCUAUUUUCAUCUCUAAAGUUAGAAUAUUGUUAAAAGAAGCUGCAGUUUAGUCCAUAUUAUUUGCAAAUCAAGCUCAGGCUAUGAGUGAUUUACAUCACUUGGAUGUGUUCCACUAGUGCCAAAUGUAAUGGUAAGUUUAUACGUUUUUUUUUUUUCCUGGAGAUGUGAAAGAAUACUUAUUCACUUCUGAUUUGACAUUACGUAGUUGUUGUAAUUUUGCAGGGUGCUCAUUUAUGAGAAGAAUCUUCAUUGUCACACCUACACCAGCUUAAAAGUACUGAUUGUUAUCAUGCGAGUCCGUGUAUGACCGACUUUGUUUUUAUUUUAUUGGAGAUCUACCAAAAUAAUACUGUAUUUUUGAAAUUGCAAAGUAAGCCGUAACUUCUGCUGAUGUCAAACAGGUGUUGGUCAGCAUUUGUAAUGUGAAAACAUGUUCAUACCAGCUUAUGUGAUGGCCAAAGCAAAACGCAUUUACAGCGCAGUUAGACAUUGGCUUUUGUGUAAACACAGUGCCCGCCCUCCUCACUCUCCCCAACCACCUCCCGUAGCAGUUGUACUUUUUUCCUCAGUGCUUCUUGUAGCUUUCUGCCAGGCCUCUCUGCCUAAAAUGUCGACAGUAUAGAUUUUCAGCUGUUUACUCUGAAUAAUUCUCAUCCCUCCGCAGCGCAUAACUCUGAAUGCCAGUUAAUAGACCAGGUAGCAGGUUGCCAUAGAGACCGGUCAUUUAUAUGUUACUUACAGCUAACAGCAAAACAGGCUCUGGAAGCACACAAGCCACUAUUCAAUAAGAGCCAUCUUUUUUUGUGUUUUUUUUUCUUUUUUUAAAUCAGCCAUUCUGUUAAAGGGUGGACACUGGCAGCGAGGUUGUUUCAUAUACGGUGCAGGCCUUCACCUCCAUCCGCUAAACUCAGUCUUGUGGCCUUGUGCUAUAAAGAAAACGGGCUCGACGCUGCUCGUGUCACUGUGUGUGUGUUGGUUAUUCUGGGGAAGAUUAGACUAAACUGCGUAUUUGUUUGGGUAACCUGCAUCCAAUAUUACAGUUGUUCACUGAUGGCGGCGCGUCAGAAAACCAGCUUUAACAUGUAGAUGUAACCAUAUCCCUGCUCAUUUCUAAACGACUAUAGAUGUACAUAGCAACGCUGACAUAUCCCGUGCAAUGUAAAAAAUGUCUAUUAUUACAAAAAUAUUUUUUAACAUAACCUCUAUACUCGUAUACACUUUUUUCUCUUUUACCUUUCAACUACAUGUUCGACUAAAGGCCUUGCGAAAGGGAGACAGAGAGCCAUAGAAAUAAGAUUUCAAAUCAGGAAAUAGAUGUACCCUUAACAAAUAUCAAUGCUUUUGGAGAUUGAUCUAUUGUAAAAAAUAAAUAAAUAGGAUAAUAUUUUCUGUGAUUUUGAAUACAUCAGCUUGAUCCUCUUUGAUAUGACUAAUUUUACUCAAUCAUUUUUGUACAUUGAACGAGUCAAGAAAGUAAAUAUUUUUCUGUUUGUUGGUUUGUGUUUGAUAAAGGUAGGCGUGUUGCAUACAUUAGGAAGUGUUAAACAUGGUUGUCUUGUGAAAUAAAUGUAAAUUCUACAAGUUAAUGGAAAAGUCGACAUGAAAAGUCACUGUGUUUUUAAAAAUGAUAAGGAAAUGGGGGAGGGAUGGAAGGUGAGAAAGACUGGAGGAGAUUUUUGAGUUCUAGAAAAGUGACCAAAGCAGAGGAGAAAAAAAAAUAACAAAAGAAGUAUUCAAGCAGUUACAUUUUGAGUAGCACUUACUAUCCGACUUCUAGUACUUCUUGUUUUAUUUUAAAGAUGUCUUUUGUAAAGGUCUAGGCUUUGGAUCCCAUGUAUAUUGCUGUGAGGAUUUACUGGUCACUUUAACAAUAGAAAACAAACAAACAAAAAAAAGAUGAAUCUCUGUGUGAAAGCAAAUUUACCAGAGCCUGACAGAAUUGCACUACCCUCAUAUUGGUUGAUAUAGUCUAUUUUGUAUAAAAUACAUGCAAAUAUUAUCUUUAAAGAUUAAGGGCAGAUCAUGUUUCACUGGUAUAUAUGGCUAUGGCUUUCACUGAAGUCUGUUUUGUUCGUAUUUCAGUUAUGUAAAUGUAAUCCGAUGUAAAAGAAACAAAAACAACAAAAAAUAUAAAAUGUUUGUUUAAAAAAAACAAAAUAGUUUGUAUUACUUCUGUAUUACACCUCCUCUGUAGUCAGUGUCGAUAUUUUCACCUAUUUGAUUAAAUGUUGAAUUAAGUUAUCUGUGUUGUUCUCUGACAUUGAGUUUGGCAUCGUGUCAGAUGAUGUUUUUGUCAUCGCUGGUUGAAAGUGGAAAAUUGGAAGAACUGAUUUCUCUUUAGUUCAAACAUCUUACACAAUAAAGUUUCCUGUUUUUCAACACUUA